CAGGCCAUGGCUACACUAGGGAGUUGCAGCGCUGGUGAGGGGGUUACAGCGCUGCAACUUAGGAUGUGGCCACACUUGCAAAGCACGGCCAGCGCUGCAACUCCCUGGUUGCAGCGCUGGCUGUACACCCGGUCGAGCCUCGGGUGUAGCGAUUCCAGCGCUGGUGAUCCAGCGCUGGUCAGCAAGUGUGGACACCCACCAGCACUUUUAUUGACCUCCGGGGUAUAAGGAGGUAUCCCAGCAUACCUUUUAAGCCUCUCUGGUAAUCCUGCACACUCCACUGCCCUGGGCUCAGCUGACCCCACCUUUAAAUGCCCCGAGAAUUUUAAAAAUCCCCUUCCUGUUUGCUCAGCCAGGUGUGGAGUGCAAUCAAUCAAUCAAUCAAUCAGCGACCAUGCCUCCACGCCCUAGACGAGCCCCAGCAUGGAACAGUUCCGAGCUGCAGGACCUCAUCAGUGUUUGGGAUGAGGAAGCUGUGCAAGCACAGCUGCGCUCCAGCCGGAGAAAUUAUGAUAUCUAUGGGCAGAUAUCACAGUCCUUGCUGAGAAGGGGCCAUGAACGGGACGCGUUGCAGUGCAGGGUAAAAAUUAAGGAGCUGCGCAGUGCUUACUGCAAAGCCCGUGAGCGAAAUCGCCGCUCAGGAGCUGCCCCCACGACCUGCCAUUUUUACAAGGAGCUGGAUGCCAUACUUGGGUGUGACCCCACUGCCAAUCCUAGGAGCACGAUGGAGAGUUCAGAGCAGGGAGAAGUGGGGGAGGGUGUAGAGGAAGCCGAGAGUCAGGCUACUGUGGUGGAGGGAGACACCCCGGAGUCCCAGGAGGCAUGCAGCCAGGAGCUCUUCUCAAACCAGGAGGAGGCUAGCCAGUUGCAGCAGCUGGAAGUUGCUGGUGAGGAAGAAGCAGAGGAGCGUGCUCGGGGUAACACGCAGCAGUGAUAUAUCUGGCAGUAG